CAAUCUCGCUGGCUCACGGCCGUCGUGCUGCACGAAUCGGUCGUUAAAACUGGUCGGGUUCGAUGCAUUGCUGCGCGGCAGUGAUACGCAUGAGCUGAGAUGACCGAGUGCACGCCAGACGCGGAGGUCACGGCACAUCACCUCUUGUAUGAGAGCACCCUACCACCAUCGGAGCGCGUCGCACGCCUCCGCCGAGUUGCCGUCACCGAAGGACUCGACGCCAAUACGCGGCCCUUGGCCUGGACGCUCUUGCUCGGCUGCGGCCGAAUAGAAGCGCGGCGCUACUCGAAUCUCUGCGACGGCCUCAGCGACGACGCCCAAAAGAUCCGAGAUGAUGCGAGGAGGACGUUCCGGGCCGACGAUAGCGUACGGCAGAAGGUCAGAGACGCCCAGAUCGUGCGCUGCGUGACAGCUUUAGCGCGCAGUCGCAACAACGAGGUCUCGAACGGCGCGAACCGUUCAGCAGUGGCGGCCUGUUUCUUGUACGCGCUACCGUCCGAACUGGAAGCCUUCGCGUGCUUCGAGAAGCUGGCGGAGCUGUGCCCGCGCUACUUCACGCCGACGCUGGACGGCUGCGUCGUCGGCGCGGCGCUGGUUGAUCAUAUCUUGCGGUGCAUCUCUCCGGAAAUACAUGGGACAUUACUAGGAGACAGUUUACUACUGGACGACGACGCGCGGACCCCCGUGGAAGAUUUGGUAGCGUAUCCCCUGCUCGCGUCGCUGUUUACGGUCGUGCCUCCACUAGACGAGGUCGCGGUGCUGUGGGAUGCCACGUUCGCGCUCGGCGGGCACUUUCCGGUCCUGUGCGUGGUUGCCUUGAUCCUUGAGCGGUUUGAAUCUGGCGAUCAAACUGUUGCGCGGCUCCAGCCGCGGCGCUUGGCGCCUUUAGAUGCGCGGCGCAUCGUGGCGCGCGCUUGUGCUAUCGCGCCGCGCGUGCCCCGAUCCUUGUACGACGUCCUUGAGCGGCACGCGCGCGACGCUUCUGUGGACCGCGCGGUCGUCGCGGCGGCGUCGGAGGCGCCGCGGACGCCGCCGAAGCCUCCACCGAGCGCGCGAAAGCGCGCCAGUUAAUAUGACUUGCU